AUGGAGCAGAUAUGCCGAAGCGCGGCUUCCGGUACCGCGGAGUCCUCCUCACUCUCCUCAGUUUCGGUUGUGGGUGAUGAGUGGGUCAGUAUACGUGCGUACUUCAUGGAGGUGCAGGCCGCAGCGGACGACGUGGCAUUCGCUGAACUUGCUGGCCGUUUGCCACAGGUAGAACGUUCGUUGGAAGUAAUACAGAAGUCACUUGUGCGAGAACGGCAACAGAUGAUGCUCCCCAGGCUUGUGUCACAGUCUCGAACAGUGGAUGUAUGUAAUACAAACAGCGUCAGUAGCAGGAAUGGUGUCUCCAUGAUGCCGCAGGGAUCGAGUUCUUUGAACCACAGCAGUAGCAGCACCAAUUAUUUUAGAAUCAAAACCAGCACGGAUGGGGUCUCGCGAUUACCGCCAUGUUAUGCAUUUCUUUGGGGUGAACUAUCCUCCACAUCUCAGGAGGAGGGGAACACCGAAGCAGAGGAGGAACUGGCCCCCAUUGGGCAUGUGUUUCUUCUUUCCUUGUGUCAGUUUGCAAAACACAAUGAUCCACCGGGUGCCCGACGUAUUAUACUUAGAUUUUUGACUCGUGUGUUUGCUGAGGCGGAUCUUCCACGGCCACCCUGCAUGGGGGACCCACCGCAGUCGUUGUUGCAGUUGUUCCCUAGCAAUACAGUUGUGCCACUGAUCGAUAUGCUGCGCCAGGUGGUGGCAGUGCUUCGACCAAAAACGGCAGGGGAAACAGAAGCCUUGGGAACGUCCUCAACAUCCUACACCUCGGAAUCAAGCACGGAAACGAUGGAUAAUGAACGUGAGGCGCUUCUUGGCCUCUUGUGUGCUUUGACGGAACGGAUGGAGGAAGUUCCUGCAUUGGGGAUGUUUUUUAUCCCCGAGGCUGUGACCGAUGCACAGGAGGAGGAUGAGGAGGAGGCGGACCCGGAGAGUGGGCCUGAUUCACCCCCAACUGUAAGAUCUCAUUUUAGCAUUCUGCAAGAAUUGCUGGUGUAUGCCACUCUUUGUCAAGGGUCUGAGCAGUCAACGAAACGGUGUACCAUUUAUCAACUGGCAUUGCAAGGACUGCUUAGCCUUGCCAAGUGCCCUGACCCACAAAUCCAGGAUUAUGUUAAGAAGCAGACUGUAGUGGCGUCGGCAACUUUAGUUGGGGCCCGAUCAACGCUUCUCACGUUGUGUAAGCUGCCUUACAAAGACGACACUUUUGCACAGCUCAAGUACCUUUCUGACGUACUGCGCUUCUGGUCGCAGCUCUUACUAUUGUCUCCUGCUGUGGCGGAGGCUUGGAGCGUAGAGGCCAUGAUGGAGAGUAGUUUCGUUUGUGAUGCGCUUGUGCCGCUGUUUUGUUCAGCGGAAGACAACGUGUACGCUACUGCGGCACUAGUAGCGGCCAAAACUAUGCGUUUUGUUGGUUCAUCGCCUCCGCUUUACGUUGCAGCUGUAACGCGCGCGUUGCUAAACACACGGGUUGAUCUUUUGACGGGAAAUCCGGUGCGAUUGCCCGUUUCUUCUAACGAGGUGCCUUCCGCCACAUCCUCAACGGUGUCUCUUUUAGACUAUGCUUUGCUGCCACGUCUUGCAAUGCGGAACGAUGGUGAUUGGAGCUGCACAGAGGUUACCCUGUACCUACUAGAGACCUUCGCGCUGCACGAACCAGUGCUCUUUAUGGAGUUUGCAUUUUCUCUGUCCAUCGCUGCACUCGCCGAGGUGUAUGUAAACGCCCUUCACCACAGUUUGCUGUCUAAACCUAAGCUUACAGCUAUCAAACCGCCCCUCUUUACUAAGGUUGGGGACAAUACGGCCAUUACGAAUCCUUCGCCAGGCAAGGCACAAGAUGUGGACUGGCUUCAACAGUUUGCAUUCAAUCUAGACCUUUCCGCUGCAACAACAUCUCCCUCGCUGGACAUUACAGACUGCUUUUCUGCACGGUUACGAGCUUCGAGGGGAAUUCUGCUGAGCACUCACGCAGAGGACAUUGCGGAGGAGAUCCUAGCUCGUCUGCUGCUUGUGGAGAGUCAUGUCCCUGUGUGUAUUCUUGAGAAGCGACAGCGUGUCAUUAAUCGUUCCUGCAGAAGUAUGGGAGAGGAAUUUGUGGGUUUUGUGCUUGAGGGUGGUAACCCUGGGGGUGCGUUGCAGGAAACUUCUUUCGUUUUUCCGGGCAAAAAGUUUGCAGAAGGUACACCCAAUAACAUUUGGUUUCACACCGGAGUCCACCAAUCAUCACUUGUGGGGCGUCUCUGCGAGAUAACUUCGCAGAUGUUGGCAACACCCUCUAGUGUAUGCACACUCUUGACCCAACUGUGGUCCACCAUCUGUGUUCUACCGGACUUUCGCGUCCUGUACACGCUCAUGGACUCUGAGCACGGCCAACUCCGUCAGGCCUUAUUUAAGCUGCGUGACGCUAUUGAUGAGGCACUCCAACACGACGAAGAUGUGGUGUUUGCGCUUGCGUCUGCAGCAGCUGCUUUUGCAACGAAUACGAAGAAGAAAGCAAGGUCCGUCGAGGUGGGGUCGGGUGACACAUUUCCGGCUGAAGGCAGUUCUCCUACUUCCCUUGUACACAACACUGCCUCGCGUUUCUACACACGCGCCUACUUGUACUCGCAGUUCAUUCAGCUUGGGAAUUCGCUCUGCUGGGUGAAGAACCUCGUCAAAGAGGACUUUCCGAACCACGAGCUACUUUUUGCACUAAAGAAGCAUAGAGGUUUUCUUGAGGCAUGUGCAUGUAUUGAGGCGUUUCGCAUGGAGCUGGACGCAGCGAUUGGUCAUGUGGCUCUUUCUCACAAUCUUAUGUGCCUCCAAAUAGGGAAGGAACAGGCGCAAAGAGUUCCCUCUUAG